AUGGUUGGUGUGCCGCGCAGCGAAGGCUGUGGCACAUGCAUCAAGCGGCGGGUCAAGUGCGACCAAGAGCGGCCGGCAUGUCGUCGCUGUCGCGAUCGGAACAUCGAGUGUGCGGGCUACCAGCGGCGGUUGAGAUUCUACCAUCAGACCCCUGCUUCCAUUAGCGGUCGCAAACGGAAGGAAACCGGUUUACCGAGAGCAAAAGACCAGGAUAUUCGAGCGGUUGCAUUGGCUACGCGAGUCAUUACCGCGCGAGCGGGCAUGGAUAAUCUCCUGGCGCCCAGUCUGGCGAGCGCGGCGGCCGACCUCCAGAUGAAGGAGGUUUUCCAUUCCUUCAUAAUGGCUUGCUUCCCCGGCCUGUUCUGCGCGUGGAGAAACCGCGUCCAGCUCAACUGGCUGGAUUUCGUCCGGCAUCAUCUCGACACGUCGUCGCACGCGCUGAUCUGGAGUAUCCGCAGCCUGAGCACAUGGCAUCUGGGCCAGUCGCAGCAGAACCAGGACGUCAUCCUGAGUAGCCGACACAUGUACGGUCGCGGGCUGCGCCAUUUGAUCCAGUCGCUGCGGGACCCCCGCCGCGCCACAUCGAACUGGACCCUCAUGGCGGCCAUCCACCUGGGCAUCUACGAGAUGCUCCAUGGCCUCGGCGACAAAUCGUGGCUCGUGCACUCGCGCGGCAUCGCAAAGCUAUUCCACCUGCGCGGACCAGACGCCCACCGCGACGGAUUUGGACGCACGCUGCUGGUCGCGUACCGCGCGUUCCUAGUGGCCGACGCCUUCGUCUGCCAGGAGCCGUGCUUCCUCGCCGAGCACGGAUGGCGCUCCGUGAUGCACGAGUUCGUGGCGGCGGAGCGCCGCGACGGGAAGAGCUCGCGGCUCGGCGAGACCAUCGAGUUCGCGUUCAACGAAAUCGUCCUGUGUCCAGGGCUGUUUGUUCAGACGCGCGACUUGGUUGCGGCGCGGGAUGCGUCAGAGAUUCUGCAGGAGUCGCUGGUUGCGCAGAUCACGCGGAGCCGCGACCGGCUCUGCGAUCUUGAGGGCCAGAUGGGGCCGCUGCUCGGGGAGCAGAAGGGUAUGAUCGAGCAACGAGAUGAUCUGAUGGGUCUUAUUCCGGCUGAGGUUGUGAGCAAGGUCGCGCAGUUGUCUUAUCAGGGCAUACGAUCGGCGAUUGCCAUGCUCAAUCAGCUACUCAUCGUCCUGGAAGCGGCGAGGGGCAGGACAGCGCUGGAUUCGUCAUCAAACUCGAUAGAUUGCCCCUGGAAGUUAUCGAUAGAGGCGGAGCCCUUGAUCGGAAUACAAAUUCAGCGGCCAAUUCCUGAAGGCCAUGAGGGUGAUUCCCAGGACCAGUUGGACCAGUUGGACCAGCUCGCGUUGUCAAUGGGCAUGAUGCGGACCUGA